AUGCAUGCGCGGUCGAGUCUGAACUUGGAAGAAUCAGACAUGUCGUUCAGUGUGAAAUUUGUUGUAGUAAAGAUGAGGGUUGUCAAGAGCGAGGACGAGGACUCUGACAUCAAGGCUGAGGACGAGGAUUCUGUCGACAAGAGCGAGGACGAAGACUCUGUUGAGAAGAGUGAGGACGAAGACUCUGUCGUCAAGAGUGAAAUGUUUGCCGGCAGUGCUGCAUCUCCAAUCAGUCAGACAUGA